UGAAGCACUACCGCACGACAAACUGGACGCUUCGCUUUCGUCUUCGACUACGCCGCCUACCAAACAAGCAUCCUUAUCCUCUUCAAUCGCUCGUCUCCCGAUCUCAUUCUCCACUCGCCGCUUAGGAUUGAGGAUUCAAGAGGAAGAUAGAAGAAGGAUGUGCUUCGAGAGCGACAGCGAGUGCCGGCCGCUGGGUUGGUUGCUCGGCCUCCCCUUCGCCUUCCUCGCCCUCCUCCUCUCCGUCGUCGGCGUUCUGGUCUGGAUCGUCGGGUUGCUGCUCUCUUGCGUCUGCCCCUGCUGCCUCUGCGUCACCAUCCUGGUAGAGUUCGCGAUCGAGCUCAUCAAGGCGCCGCUCCACGUCAUGCGGUGGUUCACCAAACAAAUCCCAUGUUAGUCUUCUUCCGAUCGUUGAUUCAUGCGAGACGAUGUUUUCCGGGUCUGUGCGAUGAUUCUUCUUAUCUUCCCUUCUUCUACGACGAAUUUCUACAUUCUUGCAAGCGAUUGAGAGGAAUAAUUCGCCCACGCGGGUUAUCUUCGGAGGACGAUUUACUCCAUUAUUGAAAGCAGAAGUCUGUUUCAGUUGGCUAAUCCAGUCCGUUGGUAGUUUCGUUUCAGUGGGGAAUUUUGUUCUUGGAAAAAGCAGGAUGAAUUAUGCCAUAUUUUGUGUUUGUGUUCUUUUUGGAAUGUAGUACCACUACCAGUCGGUGGUUCACAGUCUCGCUGUUUAAUAAUUUCUGUUGUUGCCCCGUGGGAUUGGCGCAGUUGGUAUUGAUAUUGAUGUUUAAUUUAAUAGAUUUUGAAUUAAGUUCUCA